CACUGGGUGGACGCAGCCCGGCGGGCCGCCGCGGUAGCGGAGUCAGGGGAGUGCGGGAGCCGCAGAGACCGAGGCGUUGCGGCUGCGGGAGGAGCCGGAGCCGAACUCUCGGCGCGGCCGCGAGCGUCCCGGGGACGCAGGGGAGGCGGCGCGCUCGGCAGGGGGCGCCGAGCAGCCCGCAGUCGCCCGUCUCGAGUCGCGCCGAGAGUGGCAUGCAGGCGACGCCCGCCGGGGUCGGGUCACCCCGAAGGAGCAAGUCGAGCGCAGGCUCGCGGACGGACGAGGGCGGGAGAGGGCGCGGAGCUGCGAGCGACCCCCGCGCGAUGAGCGACGACGGCGGCUACAACUUCAGGCGGGUGGCCAUCCGGCGGAAGUCCAGUCCCUCCUACCUGCCGCCCGGGACCCCUCGGCCCUGGAGUAGGCCGUCGCCACACCUGGGACGGCCCGAGCCGGCCGCCUUCCGGAGCCAGGCGCCCGCAGACGGCGCAGGCAGCAGUACCUGUCCAAAGAUCCCUCUAGUUCCACCUUGUGUGAAAAGCAGCACAACCCCACUGGUUGAUCAGAAUGUAUCUGAUGAAGAGGCUCAGGGAAUAAAUGGAAAAACGCCAGCGAAACACUCAGCUGCAAGUCCAAAGCCACAAGUGCCUCCAAAGCCAUUACAUCUGCAGAAUCCACCUUUGUCCAAUAUAUACCAAACUCCCAGGCAUAAAGCUUUAUCUACUGCAAAACCAAGGAUGGAGGAAGUUAAACCUGCCUCUGCUUCUUGUGUCUCAAAAGAAAAACCCAGCAAGGUGUCCGAUCUCAUCAGUCGCUUUGAAGGAGGCAGCACAUUAUCAAAUUACAGUGAUUUGAAGAAAGAUUCUGCUGUGCACCUGAAUUCUCCUAGAACCCCAGGAAGGCAUCGACUGACAACCACCCCUCAGCAAAAGCUCCUCUCCCAGCACCCACCGCAGAAGCAGGGAAAUGACACAGAUCCAACUCAGGGUGUACAGACCGGUGUGGCUAACGGUGUGAUGGCAGCACAAAACCAGAUGGAGUGCGAGGAUAAAGCGGCCACUCCUAGCCCAGAUACUCCUGUUCAAACUUCAGAACCCUUGCUUGCCAUGAACUUAGUGAAUGGAGAAGGAAAGGAGGAAACCACCACAGACCCCGCAUCACCCACAGCAAAUGACUAUGAUGGAAAUGCGUCUGACAGUAGCUGCAGGACCUCCGUCGCCAGCCAAGUGCUCCCCCUGGAAGAAGGAAGCACAGAUGCGGAAGCCAGGGUACAAGAGCGGGAAGAUGGAGAAAGCCCUCUGGAACAGGAACGGCUGGACCAGCACCAGGAGACGAAGGAAACUGAUGAACAAAAACUUCACAAAAUAGCCAAUGAACUUUUGCUUACAGAAAGAGCUUAUGUCAACCGACUUGACCUCUUAGAUAAGGUAUUUUACUGCAAAUUAUUGGAAGAAGCAAAUCGAGGCUCAUUUUCAGCAGAGAUGGUGAAUAAAAUCUUUUCUAAUAUUUCAUCAAUAAAUGCCUUCCAUAGUAAAUUCCUAUUGCCAGAGCUGGAAAAACGAAUGCAAGAAUGGGAAACUACCCCUAGAAUUGGUGACAUCCUUCAGAAAUUGGCACCAUUCCUUAAGAUGUAUGGAGAAUAUGUGAAGGGAUUUGAUAAUGCAAUGGAACUGGUUAAAAACAUGACAGAGCGUAUUCCCCAGUUCAAAUCAGUAGUUGAAGAAAUUCAGAGACAGAAGGUGUGCGGGAGCUUGACUUUGCAGCACCACAUGCUAGAACCUGUUCAGCGGAUCCCCCGGUAUGAGAUGCUCCUCAAGGACUACCUAAGGAAGUUGCCCCCUGACUCUCCAGACUGGAACGAUGCUAAAAAAUCACUUGAAAUUAUAUCUACAGCAGCAAGCCAUUCUAAUAGUGCAAUAAGAAAAAUGGAGAAUCUAAAGAAACUUUUAGAGAUUUAUGAAAUGUUGGGAGAGGAAGAAGACAUUGUCAAUCCUUCAAACGAACUCAUAAAAGAAGGACAGAUCCUGAAACUAGCUGCUCGGAACACAUCAGCACAAGAACGCUACCUUUUCUUAUUCAACAACAUGCUGCUGUACUGUGUCCCAAGAUUCAGCUUGGUGGGCUCUAAAUUCACAGUUCGAACCAGGGUUGGCAUCGAUGGAAUGAAAAUUGUAGAGACCCACAAUGAAGAAUAUCCACACACUUUCCAGGUAUCUGGGAAAGAGAGAACGCUGGAGCUACAAGCCAGUUCUGAGCAAGACAAAGAAGAAUGGAUCAAGGCUCUUCAGGAGACCAUUGAUGCUUUCCAUCAGAGGAAUGAAACCUUCAGAAAUGCAAUCGCAAAGGAUAAUGACAUGCAGUCAGAGGUUUCUACUGCUGAGCUAGGGAAAAGAGCUCCAAGAUGGAUCCGAGAUAAUGAAGUCACGAUGUGUAUGAAAUGCAAGGAGUCUUUCAAUGCACUGACAAGGAGAAGACAUCAUUGUCGAGCAUGUGGACACGUGGUUUGUUGGAAGUGUUCUGAUUACAAAGCUCAACUUGAGUACGAUGGUGGAAAAUUGAACAAAGUUUGUAAAGACUGUUAUCAAAUAAUAAGUGGAUUCACAGACAGUGAAGAAAAGAAGAGAAAAGGAAUUUUAGAGAUUGAAUCAGCAGAAGUAUCUGGAAACAGCAUAGUGUGCAGCUUUCUUCAGUAUAUGGAGAAGUCGAAACCUUGGCAGAAAGCUUGGUGUGUGAUCCCCAAACAAGACCCUCUCGUGCUGUACAUGUACGGUGCCCCUCAGGAUGUCCGAGCCCAGGCCACCAUCCCACUCCUUGGCUACAUUGUGGACGAUAUGCCGAGGAGUGCAGACCUGCCACACAGUUUCAAACUGACCCAGUCCAAGUCUGUGCACAGCUUUGCUGCAGACAGUGAGGAACUGAAACAGAAGUGGCUGAAAAUCAUCUUUUUAGCUGUCACAGGUGAGACACCAGAUGGUCCCAACAAGCAUCCAACCACCUUGGAUGAUCAUCCUGAACCUAAGAAAAAAUCGGAAUGCUGAACUCGGGGACCAGCCAUGGUGUGGGGGUCUCAAGAUUUACAGCUCCAGACAUUCCCAACCCUCCUCAUUCAUUUCUUAGCACUUUAUGUUGAAAAAUAUAGGCUCUUAAAUGCAUCUUUUGGGGAAGUACUUUCCUGUGUUUCUGUAUUCAUAGUGAAACUGAUGUGCAGAGCCAUUCUACCGAUAAAAGUUUGAAAUAAUGUGAAAAUGGAGCAUUUUUUAAUGAGCUAUUCCUUGCAUAUGUACUUUUGUCGUGAAGAAAAUGUUAUCAGUGGAUUCUAUCACUAUCAGGUUAGAAUAGGCCACCUCCAUUUAAGGUCCUGUAAUGUCUUCUCCUCACAGGUAGGACUUGUAACAGUUUGAAAGAUAUACCUCCAUGUUGCCAAAAUAGAUCCGUGGUAAUAAAUAAAUAAAUAAAUAAAUAAAUAAAUAAAUACAGGGACAGUUUAGGCUAUUAACUUAUUUAAUUUAGUUUAUAAAGCUCAAGCUGCAUAAAUAAUGUAUGUUCUUUUAAAACAAAAAGGACAAAUUUUUGGUGUUCAAACUUUCAACUUAUUAAGAAAAGAUAAUAUUUGUUUUUGUAGAAAUACUCCUAAGAAUAAAAUAUCUCAAGUAUAUAGCAAUUAUGUGUAUAUAGUAUUAAAUAUGAAUAUAAUUAUAUUAUACAUGCUUUUCUCUUGAGCUUUAGGUUCAUAUUUGUCUCUAAUUUAUUUUUUAAAUAUAAAGCAUGUUUUAUCUUGCAAUCGAACGGUGUUCUAAACUUUAAGAAAUGUUUUUGGUGAUUUAUGUUUAACUGAUUGACAUCUUAAGGGUAUUGAUAUUUUUAUAAUAAGAAAAAGCAGUAAUUUAUGUGGCAUGGGAUAUAUUAGUUCCAACAGUAUUUUUAAAGUACUAUUUUUUUGUUCUGUGCCUAUUUAAAGCAGUGCCUCUCUUUGAAGGUGCUAAUAAUACCUAUUGAAAUAUAUGAUGAGGGUGUAAUUAAUGCUUUGGUCUUGAUUAUUCUCAGAUAAAGUACACUUUAGUCACUGGGAUGGGCAAAGUCACACAGGUUGUUUUACCUUUCACAGUCCUGCAAUUGCUGCAGCAGUUAAUAUCAGCAUGUGCGCAAAUUUUCACAGAAACCUAAACUGUACAAGAUACCUGACUCUGUAUAGAACUGGGACAUAGGGAAGCUACAUUGAUUGUAAUGUUUUUCUUUUCCAUGACUGUUAAUCAUGUUAACUAACACUUAAGAUACCUGUGUGGGCCUAUUCCUUUGUCUGACAGGGAACAGAAUUCACACGUGAUCACCUGUGUUCGAGACGCAGGGAGAUGAAUAUUAGAGGAAGUUCAUGCUCAACUCUUUAAACCACCUCAGUGAGGAAGAGGAGAGGGAAACACAGUAAUGAAAAGCAAUAUUUUAAUGGCAGGUUUGGGGGAGGUACAAGAUGAUUGAGGAGAGUCUGAGCAUUUUUUCUCAUCUUCCGGGGAAUUUUUAAUAGUCAAAACAUGAUUUCUUGUACAAAGGCUACUUGUCACCAUACUGUAGUUGUGAAUAAAAUCUCACAUUAGGUUGAUUAUUUGACUUAAUCUUUUUCUCUAAUUAGUUCCCCCCCCCCCCAUGUACCCUGUUAUGCCCCAGACAUUAUCACAUUUAAAUGCCUAAGUCAGCUAGAAAUCCACAAGAAUGACCCCACUAUCCUGGCCUUUGAGGAUAACACCUUAAAUGUAGAAUAGAUUCACUCGGAAUUUGAGACUGCCACACAUUUAUUCAGGCCUGCUGUUUUAAGAAAUAUCUGAAAUAUCUUCCAUUUUUCCCCCCCAACUCCAAAGAAGGUUAAUUAUGGCAGACAGAAUUAGAUUGCCUUCCUCUCUAAAGGAAAGUCAGCCAUGAUUAUUAACGUUAAACCAACUAUUUGGAGUCAGAAAGAGGUAAAGGUAGCUUCUUAGGCCCUAUCAAAUAAAGGAUAGACUGAAAGAAAUGUUACAUUGCUUCUCUUCCCUAGCUGCCAAUCAUGUGUUGGGGUGUGUGUGUUCAGGGUGGCUUUUGAGAAGGUUACACUAUAACUAUAGACAUUGUGUUGGUGUUCUUAAGCUUAAGAGAAGCCAUAAAAAUGAAGAAUGAUUAUCAGUGCAACAUGACUUUUGUAAAUGUGGACAAAGCAAUGGAAACCUAAGAGCCACGUAGAAGAUUUAUGGGCCAAGUUAGUUUUGAAAACUCUUAGGAACAGCAAGUAGACUAUACUUUCCCUCCCAUAAGUUCUCUCCUGGAAAGGGAGUGAUAUGGACACACUCAACUUUUGGCUGAAUAAAUAUCAGUGUUAUUUAAUUUAGGUUAUUGAGAGAACACUCCUGUAAAAAGAACAUCAUCGUGCUCUUAAUAUUAUCUUUGAAAUAUUAGUACCUGAAGAGAAUUUCUGGCUCUUCAGUCACCAUCUUCAUGUUCCACCCCAUGUUCUUUAGACAAGCACAAAAAGAAGCAAUGAAGCAGCCUUACCUGUGUACUCUUAAAGAAUCACUCAUGCUUUUACUUGGAGAAAGGCAAGGGUGUACUCUUAGGCAUUUAGUAAACACUCGGCAAAACCAGAAGACCUCAAAGUGUGAUUGGUUUCAAGAACCAUCUAUGUCUUUACUGACACCCCUGAGCAGUUGUGACAAAUUGAACAUAAAAAAACAAUUGAUUGCUUUCCUAUUAAAAACAACAUUCCCUAUAGGUUUUAUUCUUUAUUUUCCCUAAUUUGGUGCUUUCCAAGUCAUCUUUAAAGUGCCCUUCCUCCAAACUUAAAAAGUACUUUCAUCAAUAAAAACUGCUACCCAUUACAAAGAUUCAAAUGUUUUAAACUUAAAUUUUGCAUUUAUUGAAAGUCUACCAUUGGUAUAUUAAGUAUGAAAUGUAGUGCAGACUCCUCUCCAGGUUUUAAGUGGGACUCAGUAAUAAAUGCCACCAGCCACUUUUGUAAUAAUGGCAUCUGCAAUGCCAUCAUGUAUGCAAGCAAUAAAAUUCUUCAGGGUAUGUUUUUAUACUGAAAUUUUAAUACGAAUGCCUCUAGCCACAAUAUGGAUAUAGAGAAUUAACUUCUAGAAGUGAUACUAUGACUUCUGGGGAAGAGAAGGGGGGGCAUUAUUCCUUGGAUUCAAGUAACUGUCAAGAGCAUUUUUACUUUUGCAAAGGGUAUGGAUGGUGAAAGAAUUAAGCACAUCUGCACUACUUCAUCAGGCUCCUUUCAUUUUCCAUGAAGUUUAACACAACAUACGGGUUGGUGUACUUACCUUCACUGGGUGACCUACCCCAAUUAAAAACAAAUACUCCAACCUAAAAAAUUACUAAGCUUUUUACAAAAACUUUUUAAAUGUACCCUGUCCCAUACAUAGAGACACAUUUGGAUUUUUUUAAAAAGUACUUGUUGUAGUCAUAAGUAUCUAAAGAAAACGACAACCUUCAUAGUGCUGCAGGGCUGUUAAAGAUUCAUUGAUGCCUUUAAAAUGCUUACAUCAAAAAUACUUCUGUGAGUUCACAGUUCUGUUUUUCUUGUCAACUUUGUGGAAACAGGGUGGUUGUUUUCCCUUCAAAUUUUAGAUCCCACUUCUGAUUAUAUUUAAAGCCUUAAGUUCUUAUUCUGAAAGUAUUGUCUGUAAUAACUCUAAUUAUUAUCUUUCUGGACUAGAUAUAUCCAGAGAAAAGGGCACCAACAGGAGCAAAUAAACUUCUAAGGAACAAAGGUCUUAUUUUUUUUUCCGGGUAUCCUCCUAUAAUACAGAAUAGAAGAUUAACUAAAAUUUCUUGCAUCACACGAUGUUUGUGUUAGCAGGUCUAAGAUUAAGCACAUGGUAUUGAUAAGCUAAAAUGAAUUCAAAAGGCAAGAAUGUCAUAAUGUUUUUGUUAUUCAAUUUUGUAUUCUUCAAGAAUGUAUUAAUAUAAAAACUGUGGCUAACCAGUUCUUAUUCUGUAGAACUGUAUUGACACCUGUAGUGGAUCGUGUUAAUUCUUCAUUCUCAUCCAAUUUUAGUAGAAUCAAAUUGCUUUUUAUUUUCAUAUUACUAUCUACUAUAGAUUCUUCAGAUUUAGAAAAUAUGAGUCUGAUAUAUAAAGACCACUAGAUCUACUUUUAAAACCCUUUCUGUGAAUUUAUGCAUAUAUGUAUAUAUGUAAAAACACUUGAUUUCCAACUCUGUUUUUCCAUAGGAAUGAAAUUUUUAUAGAAACUGUUCCCUUCACUUAAAUAUUUUAACAUAAAUUAUUUACACGGAUUUUUAAAACAAUUCGUUCUUCUGUAUGCCCCGUAAUCAUUCUUAUGAGCAGAUAAUUUUGCUUUCUUUACUGAUACAGUAUAGAGGAAUAAAAAAUUAGGAACUGAAAUAAGCAAGAGUGAACAGAGAGGUGGACAGAAAGAGACUGCUGAUCUCGCGAUCAGAGCAGCGUAUGUUAAGAGAAAAAUACUUCAACUGCAGCAGGUAGAUAAUGAACUAUAGGAUAUGAGCUAUGAAAUAGAAAUCUUCGUAAUUGCAUACUGAUGGGGUCUGUUGCCCCUAUGUCUUUUUCCAUUACUUACCUUUUCCUUUAGGCUUAAAAGACUUUCAUCCUAUUGGGCCAUUUUCUGCACUGUUUUCUGAGGUAAAAAAAAAAAAAAUUCCUCUAAAGUCAAUCAUGGUUUUCUACUUUUUGGACUGAGCAUUUGGAAGAACUAGCACAUGGCUUCUACAAGAUAGUUUUUAACUCGUCGGGGUCACUGAGGAUUACAUGAUGGUAUCCUUCUUCCUAAAAUUCAUUUUGGUAGAUUUAGUGAGAAAGUAAAUCAAGAAAUCUCAUUGUAGCAUAUUUUAAUAAGUAAAUACCAAAUACAUAGAGUGAUAUAUCCAUAGGAUUGGAAAGAAACACGGUAGUCUGUGGGGACCAUUAUAAUAACAGAAUUGUAUUAUAUAUUACAUAUUACGUGGAUGUUGGAAUGUAUCACUUUGGGGAAGGGGUCUCCAUUCAUUAGCAAUCAUGUCUGUAUAUAAAACUUUUUUUUAACCAAACUAGCAUUUUAUUUUGUGAGUGACAAUUGACUGAUAUUUUUGAAUACGUGUUAUCUGGGUUUUUGAAUUGUUGACUGAUCCGUUUGAAAUGGUAUGUUAUCAGAAUUUUAGAGUUAACUCAAAUGUGAAAAAGUGUACACAAAAAGUAAUUCUUUUCUAGCUAUAUGAAUGUAAAAUACUUGCAUAUAGUGUAUAUAUUGUGUAACAUAUGUAUAUUUGGUCAUAAAGGCAUAGAAUUGGAAACAUUGUAAAAUUAAGCACUUUAAUUCCUAUUAAAUAUUAAGCAUUUGUAUCUUGUAAAUAAAUACAUCCUUAAAUGAA